AUGACCUUCCUCCUCCUGACAUGCCCCCCCAAACACCUAGACAUCCCUCAUGAAGGUCUUGGUCGUUUCCUGACUCCGGGCUUUGCUUCUGGUCUUGCACGUCGCGAGGAACCCAACAUCGAUGUUGACUCCCUCGGUGGUAUGCCCAUUGACCUGGUUGGUCUUCCGGGCCUCCAUCUCGGAGAUGAGAGUGCCAUCCUAGCUCCUGAAACAUCGCAACCCAUUGACCCUGCUGACCUGGCGCUUUUCGCAACACCCGAACAACUUCGUAACCCCGCUCCGAAGAACACCAAUGUCAGUUUCCUCCGUCGCACUCAACACAUCUCUGUCGAACGCAACACUGCUUCCACUACUUCGGCCCCAGCUACUGGAACCACAUCUACUCGCGCUCGAAUUCCCAAGAAGCCAAAGAAGGCUCCUGUGGAUGACCCAAAGCAUGUCAAGAAGUUCAUCCAGAAGGGCUUUGACAUUGCGUAUCCAGAGAGCAAGCACACCGAGGAGGAUACAGAGAGUCGCGUCCGUGGUCUUCCACCUACCAAGGCAGAAAUUGAGGCCUGGGCCAAUCCUGUUCACCCCGACAACCCAAAGGCAAAACCUGUCGCGUUCUUCCCUGUGGUGCCUGACCUUGAGGGCUUCGCCGACCCUGGCGGCUUGGUCCAGUUUAAGUUCGACAAGGCGCCAGUUCCAGCCAUCGGUAGCAAGCGAGACAAGCGCAUGGACGUUGCCCUGCUACAGCCCGCAGCCCCUGAGGACCGUACCUGUGAAGAGCAUGCAUCCAAGUCUGCACUCCACAAGGCCAAUCCAGAUGUGUACCCUGACCCUGGUCCGAUUCCCUGGGACUACAAUCUGUAUCUUCCACAGAAGCCAGAGGAUGCCAAGAAGGUCCGCGCCAGUAUGAAUCCCAAGAACCCAGAGCGCAACGACGAGGGUUUGUACACCCAUGAGGGUGCCGACGGCACCAAGUUCCAUCGUUACGACCGAAUCCGUACCUACGAGACCAGCUCGCAGAGUCUCAACACCGACUCAAAGCAGAGAGAUCUGGCCGUGACCCUCUACCAGCCAAGUGAGGGCGAGAGCAAGCAGCAAGCCGCCUACUACUCCACCAUCCUAGGCAAGACCCGUCUAAAGCCUGAGCGUGCUCGCACCAUCGCGCAGGCAGGCCUGGCCCCGAACGCCUCUCAGGCCAAGGAGGAGCAAGUCGACCAGCUGCAGAUCACCGUCCGGGACCCCGAUGAGGCUGAGACCUACAAGCGGGCUCUGCACCGGGCUAAUAUCGACCCGGAGUUCGGCAAGACUCUACCUCCACCACCAAAGACUGCUGAGGAAGAGGAGGACUGA